AUGGACGAGGCCAGCGCGCUGGCCGUGCUUGACCAUCCCAAUGUCAUUAUGGUUUACGAUACCUUUGAGGACGACUCGCGCUUUUUAAUCGAAAUGGAAUAUGCUGAUGGUAUGCGCCAGACUCACACACCUUGGCAGCGCACCCCCGCGCUUUGCCAACCCGCCGGCCCUCUUUCCCCACGCCUUGAUCGCUCACGCCAAACACCUCACCUGGAUCGAUGUGGCUCGCCAGGAGGAACACUGCGCGAUCUCGUCAUGCUUCACAGGCGCCCAAAUUGGCUGCCAGCAAAGGAUGUGCGCUGGCUCGCCUAUCAACUGCUCCAAGGAAUUGCCCAUAUUCACCAGCGUGGCAUCGUCCACCGCGACAUCAAGACGGAAAACGUCUUUGUCACGUCACAAAAGAUCCUCAAAUGUCUCGCCCAUCUCGAAUCCUUUGAUAUAAAUAACGUCGACCCUGCCUCUGCCCUGAUGCCAGGCGAGCAAUACGAUUCAAAAUGCGACAUCUUCUCCGCUGGUUGCGUGGUUCAUGAGCUCUGCACCUUGCAGCGCACCUUUGAGGCCUCCAACAUUUGCGCCGUCAUGAACAAAAUGAUCGAGGGCGAGCCUGAACCCCUGGAUCCCACCGCUUAUUCAUCCGACCUCCAAAAAAUGGUCCUGUGCAUGCUCAGCGUCCUCCCCGCGGAUCGCCCCACCGCUGCUGAGCUACUCCAACACAGCGUCUUUGACGUUGAGCGUGGUCAAUGGGCCGACAAGGUGAUCUCGCGCCGGCAGAAUUAA